UUCUCUGAGAUUCCAGUGUCACCAACAGGACUCCAAACUGCUCGUGGAGGGAAAAUGCACAUUUUUACAUUUUAACGACAGCCCAGGACACAUGUUGUCUUUUGUCUCUGUUUUAUAGGAUUUUCAUUGUGGCCUGGGGUGUUUUCUGAGGAUGGAGUAAUAUGGAUGUGCAGGACAAGAUCAUUUUCUAACACUUUGGAUGGUUAAAACGCAUGAAGAGGCAACAGGCAUGGUUUUAAUAGCAGCCUAGAAUUAAACAGAUCACCCUGAGAUCAGUUUGGGCUCCUCUUCAUUAGGUUUUUGUUUUUCAGCUGAAGAAGGAAUUUAUUUGGGAUCACAAUGGCUCAUUUAAUCCGACACAAGAUCACCAACAAGCUGACCAACGCGGCCCACACGGUGUCCAACAAAUCCCAGGCCAAGGUCAGCGGGAUGUUCGCUCGGAUGGGCUUCCAGGCCGCCACGGAUGAGGAGGGUCUGGGCUUCGUCGAGUGCGACGACCUGGACUACGACUACAGGCAAGGGAUGCAGAUGGAUGUCCUCCGCGGGGAGGAGGAAGGGGGAGACGUGGAGGGAGAGGGGGAGCUGGACGGGGACAGCCACUACCAGAGGGACGGGAAGGGUCCGAGGGCGCUGAAGUCUGGAGGAUCUCUGGACGAGGACAAACCCAAAAUCACGUCAUGGGAGGCUGGCUGGAACGUGACCAACGCCAUCCAGGGCAUGUUCGUCCUCGGCCUGCCGUACGCCAUCCUCCACGGCGGAUACCUCGGCCUCUUCCUCAUCAUCUUCGCCGCCGUGGUGUGCUGCUACACGGGCAAAAUCCUCAUCGCCUGCCUGUACGAGGACAAUGAGGACGGCGUGAAGGUGCGCGUCCGGGACUCGUACGUGGACAUCGCCAACGCGUGCUGCGCGCCCCGCUUCCCGCGGCUGGGCGGCCACGUGGUGAACGUGGCUCAGAUCAUCGAGCUGGUCAUGACGUGCAUUCUGUACGUGGUGGUCAGCGGGAACCUGAUGUACAACAGCUUCCCCGGCUUCCCCGUGUCCCAGAAGGCCUGGUCGGUGCUGGCCACGGCCGCGCUGCUGCCGUGCGCCUUCCUGAAGAACCUGAAGGCCGUGUCCAAGUUCAGCCUCCUCUGCACCCUGGCGCACUUCGUCAUCAACGUCCUGGUGAUCGCCUACUGCCUAUCCAGGGCGCGCGAGUGGGCCUGGGAGAAAGUGAAGUUCUACAUCGACGUGAAGAAAUUCCCCAUCUCCAUCGGCAUCAUCGUGUUCAGCUACACCUCCCAGAUCUUCUUGCCCUCCCUGGAGGGGAACAUGCAGAGGCCCAGCGAGUUCCACUGCAUGAUGGAGUGGACCCACAUCGCCGCCUGCGUCCUCAAGGGCCUCUUCGCGCUGGUGGCGUACUUGACGUGGGCGGACGCCACCAAGGAGGUGAUCACGGAUAACCUGCCCUCCACCAUCCGGGCGGUGGUGAACCUCUUCCUCGUAGCCAAGGCGCUGCUGUCCUACCCGCUGCCUUUCUUCGCCGCCGUGGAGGUUCUGGAGAAAUCCCUUUUCCAGGACGGCGGCAGAGCCCUCUUUCCUGACUGCUACGGCCCCAAUGGGCAGUUAAAAACCUGGGGUCUGGGACUUCGAGUGGGACUGGUGGUCUUCACCCUGCUCAUGGCCGUCUUUGUCCCUCAUUUCGCCCUGCUCAUGGGUUUAACUGGAAGCCUGACGGGCGCGGGCCUGUGCUUCCUCCUGCCCAGCCUCUUCCACCUGAAGCUCCAGUGGAGGAACCUCCUGUGGCACCACGUCUUCUUUGAUGUGGCCAUUUUUGUUAUUGGAGGCGUGUGCGCCAUUUCUGGCUUCAUUCACUCAAUUGAAGGGCUCAUAGAGGCCUUUAAGUAUGAUAUCCACGACUGAGAGGUCCAGAGAGGAAAAAAAAACAACAAAAAAGAAUAAACUUUUGACUAAUUGUCAUAAAGGAGAAUAUUCUGUGUGAAAUGUACAUCUUUUUAUUUAUUUAUUUGCCUUCGUGAUUAUGUGCAAUAAUAAACUCUACAGUUUUAGUGUAAAGUAGUUACUCAUUACAGAAAGUGUUUUCAAAAUGCGAGGAAUGACUUGUGCAUCAACAGUCUGGUGAAAAUGUUCACCAGGAGUGUAAAUGUGUGUUUGUGUUCAUGCUGCUGGAACAAUCAGACGAAACAU